ACGUAGCGGACGGAGUAGCCUCGUUCGAUCCCUUUUUCUAUGCAUUAUCUACGCUGCCUCGACGAUUCUCCUUCAUCCUCGAUGUAUCGUUUCUAGGUUAAUUUGACCGGAUUGAUAGGCUGGGGAUUGUUUUAUGUAUUUCCUGAGCUCACGUUACAAACGUACACCGUAGGUGAACUUUGAAGGAGACAAUACUUUACUGAUAUUCAGGUGUGCACACCGAGAGAAAAAUGUCAGACGAUCCGAGCUUGUACAGAUUAGAGGGGACUGCGGGGAAUGAACCGGGUGGUCUGGUCAUACGUAAGAAAGUUUCCGAUCACACGUUCAAGAAGCCGUCUGUGCUGGGCCUCGACAAGCUCGCGGAGCGCAAGAGGAGGGAGCAAUCGCAGGAGCCCGCCAGCUCCAAGUCCAACAGAUCCGAGGGGAAGGACAGGAAGUACCGGACUUACGAGGAGGAGACGCCCACUCACACGGGAGGCGUCAAUUCCGAGGCGCAGCGGCGACUGGAGUCGCGGCUCAAGCGUCAACGAUUGAACGAGGACGACAGGAAUUCCAGAAACUCGUGGAGAGGAGCGCGCGAGAGGGAUCGGGACAGACGAAGGGAUCGGGACAGGGAGAGUCGGGGCAGAGACAGUAGCGUGAGGCAGACGCCUCUUAGAUUCAAGGACGAGCCCCAGACGCCCAAGUUCCGGACGAGGGAUCCGACGUCAAAGAGCAAUUGGGACGACGACGAGGACGAGGAGCCGAAACGCUCGAGCUGGGAUCACCCGACGCCGAAUCUGUAUAACAACAGGGACGGUCGCGACAGUGUCCGCAGUGAAUUCACACCUUCCUACAAGUACAACUCUUGGAACAAGGAUUUCAAGGGUUCCGGCGUCACUCCGAUGAUAGACGGCGAGGAGAAGGAGCUGUGGGAGGAGGAGCAGCAGCGGCUGGACAGGGAGUGGUACGCGCUGGACGACGGCGAGAACAACGCGUUUGCCAACGUGUCCGAGGAGUACACGCGCAAGAAAGAGAUGGAGCUGGAGGCGAGGAGGCAGAAGCGUCUGUCCGCCCAGCAGCGGCAGAUAAACAAGGACAACGAGCUGUGGGAGCGCAACCGUAUGCUAACGUCCGGAGUGGUGAGCUCGUUGGACCACGACGACGAUCCGGACGACGAGGGGGAGGCGAGGGUGCACUUGCUCGUUCACAACGUGGUCCCGCCGUUCCUGGACGGGCGCAUCGUGUUCACGAAGCAGCCGGAGCCGGUCGUGCCUGUGCGCGACCCCACCUCCGACAUGGCUAUGGUGGCGAGGAAGGGCUCGGCACUGGUCAAGGCGUACCGCGAGCAAAAGGAGAGACGCAGGGCGCAGAAGAAGCACUGGGAGUUGGCCGGCACGCACAUCGGCAAUAUCAUGGGUGUGCACGAUCGACGUAAGGACGACAAGGAGCACGCGGGACAGGAGACGGACUUCAAGGCCGGGCAGAAGUACGCCCGGCACAUAGGCUCGGGAGAGGUGACCGGGGAGGCCAGGCACAGGUCUAUACAGCAUCAGCGGAGGAGUCUGCCCGUGUUCGCGGUGCGUCAGGAGCUGCUGAACGUUAUCCGGGAGAACAGCGUCGUGGUGAUAGUAGGCGAGACCGGUAGCGGCAAAACUACGCAGUUAACGCAGUACCUCCACGAGGAUGGCUACAGUCGCAAUGGUAUUAUCGGUUGCACUCAGCCCAGGAGGGUCGCUGCCAUGUCCGUCGCGAAGAGAGUCUCCGACGAGAUGGCCACUGCUCUGGGCGACAAGGUCGGAUACGCGAUACGUUUCGAAGACUGUACUUCGAAGGAUACGGUCAUCAAGUACAUGACCGACGGUAUUUUACUGAGAGAAAGUUUGAGGGAAGGAGAUCUGGAUCGUUACAGCGUGAUUAUAAUGGACGAAGCUCACGAACGAUCACUUUCCACCGACGUAUUGUUCGGUCUCCUGAGAGAGGUUGUCGCCAGACGUCACGAUCUAAAAUUAAUCGUUACUUCCGCAACGAUGGACUGCAGCAAGUUCUCCGCUUUCUUCGGUAAUGCCGCGACGUUCCAGAUACCCGGACGCACGUUCCCGGUCGAAGUGCUGCACGCGAAGAACCCGGUCGAGGAUUACGUGGACGCGGCUGUGAAGCAGGUCUUGCAAAUUCACUUGCAGCCCAAGAGCGGCGACGUGUUGGUCUUUAUGCCCGGUCAGGAGGACAUCGAGGUCACGUGCGAGGCUCUGAAAGAACGUUUAGCUGAGAUCGAAUCGGCCCCGCCUCUUUCCAUCCUGCCUAUUUAUUCCCAGCUGCCGUCGGACUUGCAGGCAAAGAUCUUCCAACGUUCCGAGGGUGGUCUACGCAAAUGCGUCGUGGCGACUAAUAUAGCGGAAACGUCGUUGACGGUCGACGGAAUCGUCUUCGUCGUCGACUCGGGAUACUGUAAAUUGAAAGUGUACAAUCCUCGAAUAGGUAUGGACGCUCUGCAGGUCUAUCCCGUGUCGAGAGCCAACGCUGACCAAAGACAGGGUAGAGCCGGUCGUACCGGACCUGGUCAGUGCUACAGACUGUACACGCGAAGGCAGUACUUGGACGAAUUGUUACUAACGGGUGUCCCCGAGAUACAACGUACAAAUUUAGCCAACACGGUACUGCUGUUAAAAUCGCUAGGAGUUCAGGACCUGUUGGCGUUCCAUUUCAUGGAUCCGCCGCCGCAAGACAAUAUAUUAAACUCGUUGUAUCAGUUGUGGAUCUUGGGGGCGCUCGAUCAUACCGGGCGCUUGACUCCCCUCGGACGACAAAUGGCCGAGUUUCCCUUGGACCCGCCGCAAUGUCAAAUGCUCAUAGUCGCUUCUCAGCUAGGCUGUACCGCGGAUAUCCUCAUCAUCGUCUCCAUGCUGUCGGUCCCGUCGAUCUUCUAUCGGCCAAAGGGACGCGAGGAAGAUUCAGACUCGGCACGCGAGAAGUUCCAGGUGCCGGAAUCGGAUCAUCUAACGUAUUUAAAUGUAUACAAUCAAUGGAAGGCGAAUGGUUAUUCGAGUUCCUGGUGUAAUGACCACUUCAUACACGCAAAGGCGAUGCGCAAGGUGCGGGAGGUACGAUCGCAACUCGAGGAGAUUCUGAAGCAACAGAAGAUGGAUGUCGUCAGUUGCGGAACCGACUGGGACAUCGUGCGGAAGUGCAUCUGCUCCGCUUACUUUCACCAAGCGGCACGCCUGAAGGGCAUCGGCGAGUACGUCAACUGCCGUACUGGAAUGCCAUGUCACCUUCAUCCCACCUCCGCGCUGUUCGGUAUGGGUUUCACACCUGACUACGUCGUAUACCACGAGCUCGUGAUGACCGCCAAGGAGUACAUGCAGUGCGUCACGGCAGUGGAUGGUCACUGGCUGGCUGAAUUGGGCCCAAUGUUCUUCAGCGUGAAGGAGACCGGUCGAAGCGGUCGUGCGAAACGACGGCAAGCGAUGCAACACCUCCAUGAAAUGGAACAUCAAAUGAAGGAGGCCGAGGAGGAGAUGAAGGCGCGCGCUCAAGAGCUACUUGAGCGUGAACAGGCGUCAGUUCGAAAGAAGGAGAUUUUAACGCCCGGUAUUAGGGAACCGGGCACUCCCGCCCCGUAUCGUAAUACACCCGGAAGGCUAGGAUUAUAAUUUCGGUUUCUUUUAUGUGCAAUGUCUUGAGUUGGAAUAUUUGUUUACAAAAAUGGAUCUUUUUCUCAACUGUAAUACAGUUCUGUAAUACUUUUCCUGCCUAAUCUACGAUGUGCUUUCUGCAUCUAGAAACAUUCUAUUUUAUAUAAACAAAUCGAAAUGCUUAUAAAAAAUUGUUAACAAUGUACGAUUGUACAGUGUAUAGUCAGGUAUGCCAAGUUAACCCACUAAAACCACCACGAUGGCCUUCCCUGCAUUGUGGGAAAUGCGGAGGUACGACACUAGGCAUUCUUCCCCGUAAUGAUGUACAAUUUAGCCACUCGCAUAAAUUUUGUAAACGUACUUAUUGACUACAAAAUAGAAUGUUUCUAGACGCGAAGAGCACAUUGUAGAUCAGGCUUAGUAGCAAAAAAAAGGACCAGACAUAACUUGACAUAAUUUAUCAUUGUAGCUGCAACAUCAGCGAUAAAUUUUCAAUCUUAAUGUUAAUCUCUGGACUUUUUUUUUUAUUGGGUUCCACUUUUCUUGCAGCACAACAAUACAUAAUUAUAAUGUAUAAUUACAUUAUAGUCUUUACUUUCAGAUUAGGUUAACAAUUUAAUCUCCGACUCGAAAUGCAAAAUGAUCAAUGUAUGUGUAUGACAAUUGAAACAUUUUAGACGAUUAAUAUAUUGUACAAAGUAUUAUGUGUAUAAAAUAUCAUUAGGCGUGAUAUGUAUAAGAUUUUUUGUAAAUAAAAUUAUUUUUAUUGCAA